UGGCAGAGUUAAUUAUGAUGAAUGUAGCUUUUGCAAAGAAAAAGGUCACUGGAAGGCUCAAUGCCCAAAAUUGUUGAAGAAGGACCCAUCACACAUGUCAUCUCAGUGGCGUCCGCCUCAGCCAAAUAACAGAAACUUUAGGCAUUCGUCUCCUUUUUCCAAUGUUGCUGCUGUUAAUGCUGUUUCUCCUUCUGCCAACCCUGGGGGGUUUAUUCCGGGUCUUCCAUGUCUGAUCUUGCCGAACAAUUUCAGAAGUUUCUGGCAUCUCAACCUAAUGCCAUGUCAGUCUCUCCUACUGUAGGUCUAUCUUCUACGGGCUCAUCAGGAUCCUCAAUCGAAGAGGUUGAU